UGAUUCUCCCCGACCGCGAUGGGAACUGUGCACAGGCAGUUGGCAUCCUAUUUAAAUGGGCACUGAGAGUUCUUUGUCUAUGCAAAUAUUGGAGUGUUUUGUGCGUGAAAAUGCGCAUUUGUGGCAAGCGGAUUGGAACCGACGCGUAGGAAAUCAGCUCCGGGGUUCUAGUGGAGAGAAGAAAUCCUCUAAUGUGUGCGCGCGUUGGGUAGAAUCGGGAGCACUGAGCGCCAGUUUCCUGUGCGCGCUGCGCUGCUUUGACUCCACAACAAGCGAGCACGCGGCUUUGAUCAGUAACGCAACACAGACUCAGACUCAGUGUUGAAUCCUGGACACGGAUGAAUGCGUCGUUAGAAUCUGACUUGCGCGUGGAAGGAACUUUGGAGCUCUUUGGACUCUUGUUGCGCGUCUUGACCAUGCUUUUACUCUCGUUCUGGCGGGAAACCGGUUGCAUUUGGGUUCUUGGCGCAGCGCGCAGGGAGGAAGUGUGAGCGGGGACGCGCGCAUGAAGCUCGGUCGGAUCGCAUGAGGCCAUGCCCCGGGACCGCGGCAGAGAUGACGGCGCUCCGGGCGGAGUGCGGCUUGAAGCGCGCGGAUCGGAGGAUGUGGAGCGCGGUGGAGUGUCCCGGCGCGGGGGAGCGGACGCCCGGCGGGAGGAGACGGGCGCGCGCCUCAGCCUGCUCGGUAAACCUCUGGUGUAUGGAACGCACACCGGGCGCAGGACCGCGCGCUACCGUCGCCUGCAGAACUGCCUGUACAACGUGCUGGAGCGACCGCGCGCCUGGGCUUUCAUUUAUCACGCAUUAGUGUUUGUGCUGGUGUUUAGCUGCUUGGUGCUGUCUGUAUUUUCCACUAUUCCAGAUCAUCAGGAAAUGGCAUCACGCGCACUCUUCAUAUUGGAGUUUGUGAUGAUCGGGGUGUUUGGGUUGGAGUACUUUGUGCGGAUCUGGUCGGCAGGUUGCUGCUGCCGAUACCGCGGACUGCAGGGACGACUGCGCUUUGCUCGAAAGCCAUUUUGCAUCAUAGACAUUAUAGUGCUGAUCGCCUCCGUUGCUGUGGUUUCGGCCGGUAGCCAGGGAAACAUCUUUGCUGCAUCAGCAUUGAGGAGCCUGCGCUUCCUGCAGAUUUUGCGCAUGGUGCGCAUGGACCGACGCGGAGGCACCUGGAAACUUCUGGGAUCUGUAGUUUACGCACACAGCAAGGAACUUGUGACUGCCUGGUAUAUCGGCUUUCUGGUGCUUAUCUUUGCCUCCUUCUUGGUUUAUCUUGUGGAAAAGGACCAUAAUAAGGAGUUUACCACGUAUGCUGAUGCUCUGUGGUGGGGCACGAUCACUCUCACUACCAUCGGCUAUGGAGAUAAAACUCCCAAGACAUGGACAGGGCGGAUGCUCUCGGCCGGCUUCGCUCUACUUGGCAUUUCGUUCUUUGCUCUACCUGCGGGCAUCCUGGGCUCAGGUUUUGCUCUGAAGGUUCAGGAGCAGCACAGACAGAAACACUUUGAGAAGAGGAGGAAUCCUGCAGCCUGCCUCAUCCAGGCAGCGUGGCGUUACUACUCCACUGAUGCUAGUCGUCCUUACAUGGAAGCCACGUGGCAUCAUUUUGAAUCUGCCCUCCAUGCGCUCAGUCAGAAGCUGAGUUUUAAAGACCGGGUGAGGAUGGCCAGUCCUCGUGGGCAGACCUUUAAAUGCAGACAGACAUCAGUGACAGACCGACGGUCCCCUGGCGCUGAGAUCAACGCCGACGGAUCCAGUCCAGUCAAAGUACAGAAGAGUUGGAGCUUCAAUGAUCGCACUCGCUUCAGACCCUCCCUACGGCUUAAAAGCCAGUCCCGCUCCACUACGGAUGCUCCAUCAGAAGAGGGUUUUGACGAGAAGGGCUGUCACUGUGAAAUCUCUGCUGAGGACUUGUUGCCGGCAGUAAAAACAGUUAUCCGUGCAGUCAGGAUAAUGAAGUUCCAUGUUGCGAAGAAGAAGUUUAAAGAGACGCUGCGUCCGUAUGACGUGAAGGAUGUGAUUGAACAGUACUCAGCAGGGCACCUGGACAUGUUGUGCCGGAUAAAAAGCCUGCAGACCAGGGUGGAUCAGAUCUUGGGAAAAGGUCAAAUACCUGUAGAUAAGAAACUAAGGGAGAAGCUGCUGUCUGAUGGCGAUCUGCUGGACGAUGUCAGUAUGCUGGGCAGAGUGUGUAAAGUUGAGAGGCAGGUGCAGUCUAUUGAAUCCAAGCUUGAUUCCUUGCUGGACGUCUACAGACAGGUCCUGCAUAAGGGUAACACCUCCUCCCUUGCCCUGUCUCCUCUGCCUCUGUUCGAGCUCCCACAGACACCAGACUACAGUCCGGUCUUCAGCAAAGACCUGUCCUCGCCCUCACAAUUUAGCCACCUGAGUAGCUCCAACUUCCCCCGGGGCUUUCAUCUCUUUGUUGCUCCCAAUGACUUCAACCUCAAUUCAGCUGGAUCCCCUACUGUAGAAGACAAGUCUAAGUCUGCUUCUUCAUUUUGCCCCUCCCCUCUCCAGCCUUUUACCACACCGACCUCAGAUGGACCACCUGUUUUUACGCCCAACAACAUUGGUGGGGUGCAUUUUCCAAGACUGGCCAGUCCUCCUCCACCGCCUACAUUGGCCACCCGGUUUCAACUCCCCUUGUUUCCAAGUCAGUCAGGGCAGGUGAAUAAUGGGUCAACGCCCCCUCAGUCCAGCCCUCCUGAUCAUAACCCACCCUUAUAUUCAGCAAAAACCAAGCAGGACUUUGGCUUGAAUUCAGAAAAUGGACCCAACACCAAAGAGGAUGCCUCCUGGAGGAGAAACAUAAGUGUGGAGAUGGAGAUGGACCCGUUAUUGUCGUCUAAACAAGAUGGCAGGGAUUCAUCAGCUGGAAAGUGUUUCUCAGUUCAGGACCUUAUUCCAGAGGUCGACGGACGGCAUAGUCUGUCAGCCAGCAGCAGCCAGGAUUCUUCGGCAACGGACAACGACAUGGGGCUGGGCGGCUGGGCCGAAGCUGAUCUGUUCAUCACAGAUGGAGACAUGGAAAACCCAGUUCAGACUCGAAAUACAGGUUUUAGCUUUCUAGCUCAGCCUACAGCUGAUGCCGGUUUCUCUUCGGAGCAUCUGAGGACAGGGGCAGUGGCGCCCAAUGUGGGUGGUACCAAGCCGUUCAGUAUGCCACAUGUUCGACUGAAAUAAUCCUAAAAAGUGACGGGAUUAAUUUACAGACUUAAUUUUAAUGAAUAACAUAAAGCUUUCUUAAGAGCUUGGUCUUAUUUUUAAGUAUUUUAUU